ACAAGCAUUCCUGGAGGGUUCGGAAAGGCCCUGCAAACUUUCACCGAGAUGAUUUACAGCAGCUCACUUCCGCUCCGGCGCUGAAGGGGAAAAAAAGUUCGUCCUGCUGACUUAUCUAAAACCAACAUGAGCUUCAAACUCCACACUUACAGAGAUGAACCCCAGCAGAGGAAAGCGCAGCGGGAAGACUUUCCUGUUCACGUCCGAGUCUGUGGGGGAAGGACACUCCGAUAAAAUGUGCGAUCAGAUCAGCGACGCCGUCCUGGAUGCUUACCUGAGUCAGGACCCGGACUCUAAGGUGGCCUGUGAGUGUGUGGCAAAGACUGGCAUGAUUUUACUGGUUGGAGAAGUGACCUCUAAAGCCAUCGUGGAUCUUCAGUCCGUCGUCCGAGAAACCAUCAAGAAGAUCGGCUACGAUGACUCGUCGAAAGGUUUCGACUACAAGACCUGCAACGUGCUGGUGGCCCUGGAGCCGCAGGCCGGGGAGAUAUCAGACUGUGUGUUUGAAGGAAGAGAUCAGGAGGACAUUGGGGCUGGGGAUCAGGGCUUGAUGUUUGGCUACGCCACUGACGAGACAGAGGAGUGCAUGCCUCUAACCCUCCUGCUGGCUCACAAACUCAACCACAGGAUGAGGGAGCUUUCGCUUAACGGAGAGUGUCCUUGGAUACUACCAGACUCCAAGUCACAGGUUACGGUGGAGUACCGAGACAGCGAGGGCGCCCUGGAGCCGCUGCGCGUCCACACCGUGGUCAUCUCCGUGCAGCACAGCCCCGACAUCACCCUGCAGGAGAUCAGGCACAACCUGAUGGAGAAGGUGGUGAAAGUUGUCGUUCCUGCCAAGUAUCUGGAUGAGAAAACCAUCUACCACCUGCUGCCGAGUGGCAAGUUUCUAAUGGGAGGCCCACAGGGUGACGCAGGACUCACGGGACGUAAAAUCAUCGUGGACACCUACGGAGGGUGGGGCGGCCACGGAGGUGGAGCUUUUUCCGGGAAGGACUAUUCCAAAGUGGAUCGGUCAGGUGCCUAUGCGGCCCGUUGGGUCGCCAAGUCUCUGGUCAAAGCGGGGCUGUGCAAGAGGGCCCUCGUUCAGAUCUCGUACGCCAUCGCCGUGAGUCACCCGCUCUCCAUCACCGUCUUCCACUACGGCACUUCGGACAGGGACGAAGAUGAGCUGCUGCAGAUAGUGAAGAAGAACUUUGACCUCCGACCUGGAGUCGUUGUGAGAGAGCUGGGACUAAAGCGGCCGAUAUACCAGGCCACGGCCUGCUACGGUCACUUUGGAAGGAAAGAGUUUCCCUGGGAACAACCAAAGAAACUUGUGUUUUAACUCAAGAUAUUAACAGAUAUACCUAAGAUCAUUAGCAAUAUAUGUUUUAGUGUUAUUGAUUUAUUUCUUUGUUUACUAAUGAAAUCACAGAUGAAGAUUUAUUUAAACCAAUAUACAGUCGUAGACACCCUUUGAAUAUCCGUAUGUUUGGCAGAUUCUUAAAAGUCUUAAAUUCACUUAUCUAAAAUUAAAGUCUUAAAAUGUCUCAAAUUCAUUUAGAAAUUGUAAGUAGGUCUUAAAUUUGUUAAUCAUAGGUCUUAAAGUUUGUAUUCUUUGUAGUUUAGACAUUGCGUCGCAUUUCAUUCUGUGACUCGAGGUGGUUGAGGCUAACGCUAACUACCUUCUAAUAAAAUAGAAAAUGAUAAUGAACUUAUGACCUCAUUUCACAUCCAGUAAAUGGAUUUAAUGAUUCUGUGACUUUUUUCUUUUUUUCUUUUGUUCCUUGAAUAUAUUCGAUUGUGACCUAAUUUUUGUUUUAAACUUUGCCACAACCUUCUCCCCGACUCGUCCGCUGUCCUCCUUGAUCUCCACUUCGCCUGUAGUUCUCUGAUACAGUAAACCUCUGAAGCCGUCACUGAACAGCUGUUUUUUACAUGGGAAACGCAGACUUUUUUUUUUUUCUUGCAUGUUCAGCUCAGUAUAUCCUCCACCUGCAGAUGGUGCUGUUGUUUCACACAUGAGGGGCACGUUGAACCUUUGGCCUUGACGCUCUUUUCAGUCAUCAGUUAGUCAUUUGUAGCUGCUGGGUUCAAAGAAACUGAUGCACACUGACCAAACAGUUAGAUCAGCUGCUUCCAAGAAGCCGUGACUUGUAAUGUGAUGUUGUGCUGAGUUCACCAUGCACACGUCCAAUGUGAUCUGUUUUUCCAAGUGGGAGAAAACCAACCACACCUCUGAGAGCGCUGCGUAAUUUACCCAGCAGGCUGUUGGGAGUAACAAGAGGAUGCUGUGAUGUCAUCAGAGGACUGAACUCUGUGAUAUGUGGCGAAACAUUGUGUGAGACUGAAACAAAAUUAUGAACACUGGUGAGGAUGUUGAGGCUAUUCCCCUCAAAGGUGUGUCCCAACUUUAACUGUGAAGUUAAAAACAUCAAUUGUUUCGGUUAACUAAAAUAUUCAGUUUUUGUUAUUUUAGUUAAUCAUAAUUAGUGACGUUGUAGAGACAGAGUACUGGCGAUGCUGUGGUGAAAUCUUUUACCUCUCUCUCCUGAUUACUGGAGACACUUUUUUUUUCUAGAAAAUAAUUAUUCCUAAUUUUCAAUCAGCAAUUCGACAGUGUUUAAAAGGUAAUUGAAUCCUGAUACGGGGGACAAUUAUUCAUCAUUUAAGGUUAUUUGCAUUAAUUGGAAAUAUUAAUGGGUUCUUUUGGGUGUGGAGAGGAGAUGAAUAUUUGGUCACAGAGGAGCUCCACCACUCCAGGCGCUCACACAUCCGCUGAUAUUACCCAACAACCUCCACGGCAGAACAGAGGGAGCCUGGAGAUUGGAAGAAAAAAAAUAUCCAAAAAUUGAAAGCGAUUCUAAGAAAAUGCAGAGAGGAGCUCAGGAAAAUCCUCGGUUGAUGUUUCUUCAAAGUAUCUUGAAUUACAAUUGCAAAUUUCCAGGAAAUUCAGCUACCUUUUAUUUUGCCUGUAUUUAUCCAAUGAAGAGUCCUCUUUGUUGUCAUGGUGACAUGUUGCUGGCAAACCCCAACUCGGCCUUAUUGUUUCUCAAAUGGGUUUGGUUUUAUUCAUUUCCCCCAGAUACAUAAACUAGACUAAAACCCCAGUUUAUGUUUUCAUGCGGCCAUAUUGAAUGCUGAUGCCCCACUUGGCAGCCAAAACGGAUUCAUUAUAAUAAAGUGACAUAAUUCUGGCAGA